CAAAACCGGAGACUGAAUGUCAGCAGGCGUCAGAGGGUGGGCUUGCCAGCCACUAUUCAGACGCCUCUUUAAGCUGCUUGGAAGGGACCAUUCACUCUGCAAAAAACGCUCUGCCCUUCAAGCAAACACAUCAAUUUAACUGGACCUCUGGGGAAGCCUCGAUUAGGCACUAGAUUCUAAACGGGAACGCGCGCGGCUAAUUUAAUAAAGUAGCUGUCCCCGGUGCUGAACGGGCGCCGCGCGUUCGUCGCACGCGAUGGAGCUCAGCACGUUCACCAUGGACGAGUGGGGUGACAGGAACGUGUCGCUUCACGCGAUGAUGCUCGACCACGCGGCCACCACCGCCUCCUCGGCCACCACGAAUGCGUCGACCCCCUUCAAGGGCGUGCAGCUCAUCCGCACCUUGAAACCAUUCGUUGUGCUCUUCUACACAGCGGUGGUGGUCGUGGGCGUCGUAGGAAACUUCCUGCUCGUCUACGUGAUCUGCCGCGUCAAGAAGAUGCACAACGUGACAAACCUGCUCAUCGGAAACCUGGCUUUCUCCGAUCUCCUCAUGUGCGCCAUGUGCGUGCCGCUCACUCUGGCGUACGUGUUCGACGCGCGCGGGUGGGUGUUCGGCAGCUUCAUGUGCUACUUCGUGUUUCUCAUGCAGCCCGUGUCCGUGUACGUGUCGGUAUUCACGCUCACGGUCAUCGCUGUGGACCGGUACAUCGUCACCGUGUACCCGCUGCGCCGCCGCAUCACCAUCCCCACGUGCGGCUACCUGCUGGCCGCGAUCUGGGUGACCGCGUGCGCGCUCGCCGCCCCGGCGUUGGCUCACACCUACUAUUGCGAGUUCCCGGAGCAGCACAUGACCAUCUGCGAGGAGUUCUGGAUCGGCGCGGAGAGGGAGCGCCUUGCGUACGCUUACAGCACCCUAGUGCUCACCUACGGACUGCCGUUGCUCGUCAUCUCACUAUCCUAUUUCAAGAUCUCGGUGAAGCUGAAGAACCGCGUGGUGCCAGGCACGGUGACCCAGAACCAGGCGGAAAUGGAUCGCGCCCGGCGUCGCAAGACCUUUCGACUCCUGGUUCUCGUGGUCACUGCGUUCAGCGUCUGCUGGCUGCCGCUGCACAUAUUCAACUUUCUGCGCGACGUGGACAUCCGCCUGAUCGACAAGUACUACUUCAAUCUGGUGCAGCUGCUGUGCCACUGGUUCGCCAUGAGCUCGGCCUGCUACAACCCGUUCAUCUACGCGUGGCUGCACGACAGAUUUCGAAGCGAGCUCAAGAAGAUGUUCACGGUGAAACGGAGGGUGGCUCCCAGUAACAACACCGGCAUCGCCAGUAUGGUGUUGUGAAGGAAGUGAGAGGAAGGGAGAGAAAGAGGGAGAGAAAGAGAGAAUGCGCUGGAAGUGAAACAAAUAAAUACGUGACACCGAAACGACUAAUUAAGUAUUAUAUGUGGUGAAGUAUUGUCAAAUAACGGCUGUAAAUUUUAUACAAAUUUAAAUUUUUACUUGGUAAAGAAGUUACCUAAACCAUGUCUUAAUCUCAGCACUAGCAUAUAAAAUUACCCCAAGUCGUAGAUUUUUGUGUAACAGUUAUUCUCGCUUUUAUUUUAUCCCCGAGUUGAAUUUUAACGAACCAACCAAAGUCCGAAUCGCAAACAUGCUUUUAUUUGGCUCGGUCGUUUGAGUUCCAGUACGCUCUCUAAAGGUUAAACGCAUUCGCUAUCGUACUGAGCAACAGCAGUAAGGCAACAUAACCCCCGGGUUAUCAAAACUCCGGUCGGCACGAUGAUUUAAAAUUCCUCACCGCUUGCUACAUUGGAGUGUUUAUGCUUAAGUAACAUGCGACGAUGUAACGUACAUUUUCAAGUCCAGUCGUUGUGUUUGUUGUAGCUUAAUUUAAGAGUAAUAUAAGGAGGGCUUAAUUUCACACUAUUUUCUAGAACACUGAUAGUCUGACUUGGGGUAUGGAUUAUUAUCGGCACUCAAAUGCAAGGUAUGCCCACCAAUAAUAUUUCUAGGUUAUUGUACCUUUUAUGCCUAUACAGUAAUCUGAUUAACAAGUUUGUACAAAUCAGAACAUAAUAUUGUGAGAUAUUUAUGGCGUGCAAAUAAAUAAUGGAGCACCACUGCAGACUGUUUCUGCUGAAAUGAAGCCCUGAUUAUAAUUCGUAAUUUUGCACAAUUACUGCAAAUGCCUCUAAGCAUUUUCUUGAUAUUGUGUGCAAUUAGUGUUUGGUGUGCUUAUAAUACAACCAGUUGAAUGAGGUGAUGUAAAAUUAUGUUUUGCAUAUCAUAUUUUGCAUUUGAAAAA